CGUGAUUGGUUGGUUGUCUCCCAGCAGUGUCCCGGAUGUGUCUCGGCUAUAUUAACAAGGACAAUUGUAGGCGGGGAUUGUAGUUCAAACCAUCAGUCGAUGUGCUGCAUUUAGCUUUUGUGCUACAGCGCCCGAACCUAUUCGAAGAUUUAAUCAUGGCUGGUGGCAAGGCGGGCAAAGACUCCGGAAAGACCAAGACGAAGGCUAUUUCGCGCUCACAGCGAGCUGGGCUGCAGUUCCCAGUGGGUCGUAUCCACAGACAUCUCAAGUCCAGAACCACCAGCCACGGCAGAGUUGGAGCCACUGCAGCUGUGUACAGUGCCGCCAUUCUCGAGUACCUCACUGCUGAGGUCCUGGAGUUGGCAGGAAAUGCUUCCAAAGAUCUUAAAGUGAAGCGCAUCACUCCCCGCCACUUGCAGCUGGCAAUUAGAGGAGACGAAGAAUUGGAUUCACUCAUCAAGGCCACCAUCGCCGGCGGAGGUGUGAUCCCACACAUCCACAAAUCUCUGAUUGGAAAGAAGGGCCAGCAGAAGACCGUAUAACGGGAAGUCCUCCUAGAAGUUGUGCCAUCUCAGGACGACGUCUGCAUCGCGUGAUUUAAUUGUUUUUAGCGUAGAACACCUGUAGAAGUUUGUAUGGUUCCAGCUUGCAUUUACUCACCUGGGGUAUUUUUUAAAAAGUGGCUUCAAAGAAGCUCUUUUGUUUUUUGGUUAUUUUUCCUGGUGCUGCAGUUUUGUGUUAACUUGCUUUCGUGGCAUUCCCAUGGUCAAAAGUGGUGUUUUAAUAAAGCUCUUACUGGGCA